AUGUUGACGAUCGGGCGACUGACAACGACGUCAAUUGGACAUGUAGCCGUUUCACGCACUUCGCCGGUGAGGGGAUUCAACUCCAACCGAUUGUCCAUUUCGCCACGACGAAGCUUGUUCAAAGUCAAUGAGCCUGUGACAUACGCUUGGAUCCUUGCUAUGAGACUGUGGGGGUCAAAAUCGCAAUCCAGUAGCUGCCAUUUCGUGUUAGUGCCGCCCUCCUCCAACUUUUCGCCAGCAACUAUAGUGUUGCACUGCUGUCCUGUCUCUAAACGGAGUGCGUUGGCAAUGACAUGGAGAUGA